AUGAAUCCGUUUGUUUCGAGUGAAACGAGUAGUUGGCUUCUUUAUAUUUUGACGGAUUCCGCUUUACCUACUGGCGGUUUUGUCGCAUCGUCCGGUCUCGAGGCAUCCUAUCAAGCUGGUCUUUUGAAUGCCGAGGCUUUACCUCCGUUUGUCACCAAUUCAGCCCAUUCUUACGCCGCUCAAACCAAUUGUUUUGUGCGGGCCGGUUACGAAGCACUGGAUGCGGAAGAUCCUCUCACAGCGCUAAAGGAGUGCGACGCCGUGUGUGAUGCCGUCAUGGUCUCCAACAGUGUGGCACGUCGAGCCUCAUUGGCGCAAGGCGUGGCCAUGCUGACCUUGUAUAUCAAAUGUUUCGUACAAACCUCCCACGAUAAAGAUCUCACCGUGGUCAAGAAGUUCAAAAAUAUGAUUCGUGCCGAGAAAACAGACGGUCAUUUUCCUGUCUGUUUUGGCCUUGUAUGUCGAUAUCUGGAUGUGGAUCUCGAUAAUACGCUACAUUUAUGGCUGUACUUAUUCACACGUACGAUUUAUUCAUCGGCGGUUCGACUGAAUAUUGUUGGUCCAUACGAAGCACAGAGACUGUUGCUGCUGUCACGUGAACCGAUUGAAAAGAUUACCAAACAUACCAAAGAUAUCUCCAUGGACAACUGUCACCAAACGAAUCCGUUGCUGGAUGUGUGUCAAGGGAUGCACGAUCGACUAUACUCUCGGUUGUUUAACAGUUAA